AUGGCAGUUCCGGUGUUCCACCUUGCUGUUGGUCAACGUUUGCUAGUGACAGGUAAAGGGCGAUGGCGUGAGGUACUGAGGUAUAGUGGUACUUCUUAUAAGAAAAUAUGGGAUGAAUGGCUACCAUCCCUGUCCACAAUUCCCCCUUACCACCCUCUCUCUCUCUCCUUCACGCUGCUCCCUGUAUUCUCUAUGGAGGAGGAGAGGGAGCAACCUUCCAAAAAUCGUGGUCGGCAUGGAAAUUAUCACAACUCAUCGAUCCCGGAGACUCGAACUCUCUCAUUUGCAGACAAUCUUGCAAUCCACCAUCAUCAACCCUUGCCUGAUCAACCUCACGAUUUUGGACCUAUCUCUGGUGCCGGGACAUAUAUCGUGCAAGUCCCCAAAGAUCAAGUUUUUCGUGUUCCAUCGCCUCAAAAUGCAGCUCAUCUAGGGCGUCAGGAUGAUUCUCGUCGACCCCAAAAAGGCCGCGGUUCUUGUUGUUGCUCUCGCUGCAUGUGCUUAUGCAGUUUGGUUGCUGUAAUUGUCCUAAUUAUUGCCAUCAUUGGUGUCAUCAUUAAUAUUUUUGUGGGCUUCGAUGAUCCCAGUUUCCAAAUUGAGCGUCUUAUGUACAACAAGCCACGUUCAGAGUUCGAUAUUCGGCUGAAAGUUGGUAAUCCAAAUAAGCAUAAGAGCAUUUCCUAUGAUCAAGACUCUAAUGUUUCGCUGUCCUUCAAGCAAAAGAAAAUCGCGCAUGGAAAAUUCCAAAAUUUUGAUCAAGAUCCGGGGAAUUCAACAGCUAUAUCAAUUGUGCUGCAUGGAUCCAAGUUGCCUGCAGAAAUUGAGACAAGCAUGAAUAGCAAGAAAUCAAAAAUUCGCAUCCCUCUAUUCCUCUCAAUUGAUCUUGGAUUGGAACUAAAAGUUGGGGCAUUUCAUGUUCAGAGCAAAAGAAUUCAAGUUUCAUGCAGUUUGACUGUAGACAAAUUGGAGAAAAAUACACACAUUUGGGCUCAGGAUUGUGGUACCAAAAGCUGA